UAGAUUUUUACGCUCAUGUGCGUAUGCUAAAUUACUAAUAAGGAGAUAUUGCUAAAAUUUUGAUUGCGAUAUAGAUGGUUUAUAUUUUUCUGCAUAGUAAUUCGUUUUGGAUUUGUCACAAUAAUUUGUUUUAUUUCCCUAAAAGAUUUUAAUUUGUAUCUAUAUAUCUAGUAAUAGGGAGUUACUGGGCUGUUUAGCAGGAACUCCUUUCCCCUCCCCUUUUUACACUAAAAAUAGCUAUGGUUGAAACAAAAUUAGAUAUGGAUGAUUUAAAUAAUGAACAAGAACUUGAUAACAAUCAGGAUGUUCAAUUAUCAAAAGAGAUAUAUUCAAAGCAUCCACUUCAAAAUACGUGGGCUUUAUGGUUUUAUAAAAAUGAAAAAAGUAAAUCUUGGGAAGCAAACCAGCGUGUUGUCACAACAUUUGAAACAGUCGAAGACUUCUGGGCCAUAUAUAAUCAUAUUCAACUAGCUAGUAAAUUAACUCUUGGUUGUGAUUAUGCUCUUUUUAAGGAGGGUAUUAAACCAAUGUGGGAGGAUGCAAGAAACAGAAUGGGUGGAAGGUGGCUUGUUAGUUUAAAUAGAAAUCAACGAACAACUGAUCUUGAUAGAUUAUGGUUAGAAACACUGUUAUGUUUAAUUGGAGAAGCUUUUGGUGACGAUUCUGAUCAAGUUUGUGGAGCAGUUGUUAAUAUUAGAAUUAAAGGUGAUAAACUGGCUAUGUGGACUUCUCUAGCUGAAAAUGUAGAUUCCGUACUUAAAAUAGGGCGCUGCUAUAAAGAAAGAUUAACUCUAUCUCAAAAAUAUCUUAUUACUUAUGAGCAACACAUUGAUACAGCGACAAAAACUGGAUCACAAUCAAAAAAUAAAUUUACCUUGUAGAUUGUUAUAAAAUUGUAGACACUUUUACGUAAUCGAAUUAACAAUUGCGAAAUAUUUAGAAAUAAUAAGGCUUCGAGUCAUAAUGUCGCAUCCGAAGUUCUUUUUUUAGUAAAAAUGGAAAUUGUGUUGAAAUCUUAGUUGAUUUAAGUUGAGAAACUCUUUACAGAAAAUUUAUUUUUUAUUGUUCAUAGUUUUAUUUUUGUCUUACUACAGUUAAGAUAUAGAGAAGUACACGAAAAUGUCUCCGUUUCUAACAAAUAGUAUCAGUAGCGGUAUUUAUUUUCCAUACGUCAUCUACAAUUAAUUUUACUUAUAAAAACAGUUAUUUUAAAUUAAAUUUAUAGCCAUGGAACAGAGUUUUUGUGUUGCCUUUACAAGCAUUUUUGUGUGGUAAAAGUUUAAAAUAUGCAAUUAUUAUAAAAUUGUUUGUUUAUAAAGAAUUGAACUAUAUAGGAAAUGUUUAAUAGAUUUAUUCCCUUAUUUGUUUACCGUUACUUGGA